AACAACACUAACACAGUAAACCACAAACAUAAAACAUUGUGUUUUUCUGGUGAUUUAUACGCACUUGAUAAUCAAGUAAAGCAUAAAAGCAGGGCUUUGUCUGGAAUAACACAAAAUCUUCAUCAAGGUUCUGAAGGCAAAGAUCUGAAAACCAAGUUCAUGGCAAUGCUGAGAAGUCCGUUGCUGCUUUUCAUUGUGUUCUCCAUUGGAGAUGCAGGGGAUACAUGCCAGUAUGGAUGGACAAAUUUUGGAAGCCGAUGCAACAAGUUCAUCUUCUUCCAGGAAACCUGGAUCACAGUGGAGAGAAACCGUAUUGCUUUACAUGCGAAUCUCGCAUCUGUGCACAGUGAACAGGAAAAUGAUUUUCUGCUGGGUCUGUUGCCUUCUUCUACUACACAAUGUUGGCUUGGUAAUCAAGAUGCUGUAGAAGAAGGACAGUGGUUGUGGAGUGAUGGAACCCCAUAUGACUACAGCAACUGGUGCUCUGGUGAACCUAACAAUCUAAAUGUUGAGAACUGUGGAGAGCUCAACUGGGCUGUAAGAAAGCAGUCGUCUGACCAUUGCUGGAAUGAUGAGAGCUGUUCAAACUCAAUGGGCUAUGUUUGUGCUAAAGACCUGUGAGAUCAUACGCAGUCAAUCUGCCCUACAGUUAGUUUGUGCUACAUUUAAAGUUUCUGAACUGCUCUUUAUGAAAUGUUUCUCAGCCUUGAUCUUUUCAUGUUGCGGCGUUUAAUAAAUCAUAGUUUGUAGAA